AUGCCUAACAGGGUUUUGCCAGCUGAGGUACGAGAUCGUUAUCGUCAUCUUGUCUUUGCCGACCCUCAAUUUGAUCACCCUGCGCCAGUAGAUAUGUUGAUUGGAGGAGACUUAUAUCCGUCCGUCAUUCAAUCUAGAGCUGACGUUAUACACACCGAAGGCUUACCAUCAGCGAUGAAUACACAAUUAGGUUGGGUCAUAAUUGGUGCGUUACAGGAUAACACACAUACUCCGCUUACGUCUCUGUCAAUUAGUACAACCCCUCCGAUCGAAGAAUUGAUGCAGCGUUUUUGGACAGUAGAGGAACCCACAGAGUCAACAAUGCCAAUUACACAAGACAAGCAAUGUGAAGACUGGUUUGUUAAAACCACGAAACGAGACGCCACCGGUCGAUUUUAUGUUGGUUUACCGUUUCGAACAAUAGUAUGUUUCCCGGAUACAGCUGACAUCGGAUGUCAAGAUGAGAAAUCGGUCGUUUUAGGGUCAUCCAGAACUUCUGCUCUGAACCGAUUGUAUAAUUUAGAACGUCGCCUUGAAAAGGAUCCGGAAUUAUAUACUGCCUACCGGGCCUUCAUGGAUGAUUACAGAUCGUUAGGAUAUAUGAAGUUAGCGACCGAGCCAGGCAAAUAUUUUAUACCUCACCAUCCUGUAGUUAAACGGUGUAAUGAGGAACUGAAGAUUCGUGUGGUGUUUGAUGCCUCAGCUAAGUCUUCAUCCGGAGUCUCAUUAAAUGACUGCUUGGUGACUGGACCAAAGCUUCAGACAGAAAUCGGUGAUGUUUUGUUGCGCAGUCGACUACACAAAUUUGUCUUUACAGCCGACAUCACUAAAAUGUACCGUCAAAUAUGUCUACAUGAACCAGAUAGAGUUUAUCAACAUAUACUAUGGCGCAAUUCGCCUAGUGACGAGGUACAGGAGUAUGAGUUGUGUACGGUCACAUAUGGCGUAAGUUCGGCUCCGUUUUUAGCGAUUCGAUGCCUACAACAGCUCAAUAUGGAUGAUGGACCUGAAUUUCCACUCGUCCACGAUGUCCUGUUAACUGAUACAUACGUGGAUGAUAUUUUCGUUGGCGCUGACACUUUAGAGGACGUUUUAGCAGCAAAAAUCCAAAUCAUCGACUUGUUAAAUCGAGGUGGAUUUAGCCUGAAAAAAUGGGCUAGCAAUUGUCCCGAGAUUUUGAACACUAUCGACAUUGAAGACCGGGCUAUGACACCAUGGAUAGAGCCAACUAGGGAACAGGCCGUCAAAGUUUUAGGAGUACAUUGGGACCCUGUACUUGACACAUUCGGCUAUCAUUCGACGAUAAGUCAAGUUACUCCUACAAAACGGUCAGUAUUAUCAACUGUUGCUCGCUUUUAUGAUCCAAUCGGCGCGUUGGGUCCGAUGGUUUUCUGGGCCAAGUGUUUAAUGCAGAGGCUAUGGAUGGAAAAAUUAGAUUGGGAUGCACCACUUUCAUCAGCUUUGACAUCGUUGUGGCAAGGUUUCAUCGAUAAGCUGCCGGACUUAGCAUGCUUGUCGUUACCACGACACAUUGCAGUAGUCAACAGUCAAGAUAUACAAUUACUAGGAUUCGCUGACGCGUCUCAGGUUGGAUAUGCAGCAACAGUGUAUUUGCGUGUGGUAGACCAGAGUGAUAAUGUCCGAUUGUAUUUCCUGGCAUGUAAAACAAAGGUUGCACCACUGAAGUCAUCAUCAAUGGAUAUGUCAUUAACCAUACCACGGCUAGAGCUCUGUGCCGCACUCUUGUUGUCACGUCUCUUGUCUCUACGUUUGAAAGUUUUACAGGGCAGAAUCAAGAUCACACGUGUCCGGGCAUGGACAGAUUCAACUAUUGUUUUAUCAUGGCUCACAGCUGAACAAAGGCUAUUUAAAAUCUUUGUCACAAACCGAGUAUCGAAAAUACGCAAUCUCGUACCCCAGUGCGAAUGGGCUCACGUCGGUACUGCAGAUAAUCCAGCCGACCCUGCAUCGCGAGGACUGCUUCCAGAUGCCUUGGUAGCAUGUUCAUCAUUUCUACAUGGACCGGAAUUUCUCCAGUAUCCGGAAGAGCAAUGGCCGGUUGCCAUCACAUCGAUUGUAGAUCCUGCAGAGCUCCCUGAUUUUAAACGCCCAUCGAAAAAUGUGCUGUUAGCUCAACAGGUUGAUGAUAGUUUGAUUCAGCGGUUUUCUGUGUUGCGCAAGAUGCAACGGGUGCUAGCAUAUUGUCUUCGAUUUGUCGACAAGGCUCGACAACGUCCAGUCGUGAGUGGACCAAUCAUUUGGAAGGAGUACGAAAAUGUUUUGACAAAGGUAGCGAGGUACACUCAAAGGUUAUAUUACGCAGAGUUGCACCACCAACUAGGAACUUCAAAUUCCGUCAUCACCCCGAGUUCCCUCGCUCAACUUGCACCUUUUGUCGAUGCUCACGGUGUGAUUAGAGUAGGCGGCCGUCUACAGCAUUCGGACUUGAACAUAGGCGCCAAACACCCUAUCUUGUUACCAAAGUCGUCUCACCUUGCUUACAUCAUUAUUCAACACUACCAUCAGAACACUUUACAUGGUGGAUCGCGUCUAGUGGCCUCACUAAUUCAGCGACGUUUUUGGAUCGUUUCCAGUCGAGCUGCGAUACGGCAAGUUAUAUUUAAAUGUACAGUGUGUGUCAGAUACAAGGCUGCCGCUCCCCAACCAGUGAUGGCAGAUUUACCCUCAGCAAGAGUCCAACAAUGUCGACCAUUUACAAAUGUCGGGAUGGACUACGGAGGUCCAUUCACGAUUAAAGAAAGUCAACGCCGUAAUUCAAGGACUUAUAAGGCGUAUCUUGCGUUAUUUAUUUGUCUAUCCACCAAGGCUGUCCACCUGGAGGUGGUAACGGAUUUGUCAACGGAAGCCUUUAUGGCUGCGCUGGAUCGAUUUGUAGCCCGUAGAGGAAUUCCUGCACAGAUCCACUCGGAUUGUGGUACAAAUUACAUUGGAGCAGCAAGGCAGCUUAAGACAUUAUUUAAAGACGCAGCACUCCAAGAAGCUCUGCAUGCACGAGUUCCGUGUCAGUGGCGAUUUAACCCGCCUGCAGCUCCGCACUUUGGCGGUAUUUGGGAAGCUGCUAUCAAAAGUACAAAGUUACACCUAAAAAAGGUUGUAGGUAAUCAGGUGCAUACCUUAGAGGAAUUGACGACAUUGAUUACACGGAUCGAGGGUGUACUCAAUUCUCGACCCUUGGUUGUCAUGUCAAGCGAUCCGAACGAUUUGUCUGUGCUAACACCGGGACAUUUUUUGAUCGGACAACCGAUCUUGGCAAUUCCUGAACACGACAUCAGUGACAUUCCGCAGAAUCGUCUCAAACGCUGGCAGUUAAUUAAACAAGCCCUUCAAUCAUUUUGGAAACGGUGGAAUCGGGAGUAUUUGCACACGCUGCAGAGUAGACAGAAAUGGUUCCAUCAAAAUCCCAGUCUCGGUGUCGGAGAUAUCGUCGUCAUAAAUUCACCUUCUCGACCUCCUUUGAUGUGGCAAAUUGGUCGGGUCAUCGAGGUCCACCCCGGUGCUGACCAAGUGGUCCGUGUAGCCACUGUCAAGACAGCGGAAGGGAUACUGAAACGUCCAGUGGUAAAGUUGGUUAAACUACCCACCGACAACGCUUAA